AUACUCAAGUAUAAAAACAGCUUACACACACAAGUGGUGUUGGCACUGAGUUGCUGAGUCCAGUGGAAGCCAGAUUUAAUAAGGCUCAUCUGUUAGCCUCCCAAGAAUGGUCACAUUUUAACCAAUGGAGACAUGAGACUGGUUUGAUGCCAUUUCACAACGUUGGCCACGGAUAUUAGAGAUUUGAGGCCAAGGAAAACCUUCAUAGGACCCCUCCAACCUACUACAGAGAAGCCAGAUACUCUACCCUUCUAUACCAUUGAUCCUGUUCAAACGUACAUCAUAAAGUACAUUUCUGCUUCUGUCGUCUGAUUCAUUCAAUCAGGUUUAGAGAAAGGCAGGAGCUCUGCUAUCAUGGCGGGGAAGCCCAUGCUUCAUUACUUCAAUGGACGAGGCAGAAUGGAAUCUACCCGGUGGCUCUUGGCUGCAGCUGGAGUUGAGUUUGAAGAGAAAUUUUUAGAAUCUCCAGAAGACUUGGAAAAGUUAAUAAAUGAGGGGAGUUUGAUGUUCCAGCAAGUGCCAAUGGUUGAAAUUGAUGGAAUGAAGCUGGUGCAGACCAGAGCCAUUCUCAACUACAUUGCCACCAAAUACAACCUCUAUGGGAAGGACAUAAAGGAGAGAGCCCUGAUUGAUAUGUAUAUAGAAGGUGUGGCAGAUUUGGGUGAGAUGAUCCUUCUUUUGCCAGUUGCACCACCUGGGGAAAAAGAUGCCAAGCUUGCGUUGAUCAAAGAGAAAACAACAAACCGUUAUUUUCCUGCCUUUGAAAAGGUGUUAAAGAGCCACGGACAAGACUAUCUUGUUGGCAACAAGCUGAGCAGGGCUGACAUUCACCUGGUUGAACUUAUCUACUACGUGGAAGAGCUGGACCCCAGCCUUAUUGCCAACUUCCCUCUACUGAAGGCCCUGAAGGCCAGAGUCAGCAGCCUCUCCACGGUGAAGAAGUUCCUGCAGCCUGGCAGCCAGAGGAAGCCUCCCCUAGAUCAGAAAACUUUAGAACAAGCAAAGAAGAUUUUCAAGUUGAAAUAAAGCCAGUAUGAAUGUCAUGCACAUGCAAGAGAAAUCUGAAAUUUUACAGCAAUGAAGUGCUUUCCAAGUUGUUAAAUCUGGCUGUUGUGAGGCUAAUAAACUUUUCCAAAGUAUAUAUGCUCAUUUAAUUAGAAAUCAACUCUGUGCAGAUUUAGGUCCCUGGGUGGCCCAAAUGGUUUGUGCUCAGCUAGUAACCUAAAGGUUGGUGGUUUGAACCCACCCAGUGGCCUUAUCUCAGAAGAAAGGCCUGGUGAUCUGCUUCCAUAGACAUUAAAGACAUUAGAGCCAAGAAAACCCUAUGGAACAGUUCUGCUCUGUAACACAUGGGGUCACCGUGAGCUGGAAUCAAUUCGAUAGUGAUGUCUUUGGUUUUUGGUUUAUGUGAAGGUUUAGUUGCAGUUCAGACUACUUGGUUUUGUUCAAAUAUGAAAUCAUCAUCACCUCCUAGAAUGUCUCUUGCAACUGAAAAUAAAGUGAAAAAAGUUACGCCAACUCUUUAGUCUAUUUCCAAGGAUUACCAUAGAACAGCUGUCAUACCUUAGCAAAAAGAGUUAAAUAGAAGUUUUGCAUCUGACAAUAUCAGUUACGUAAAAAUGGCUUUAUCUUUUUGCAUUUGGCUACUUUUCUGACCAAGGACACACAAUUUUUUUUCUCUUUAGAGAGCCAUUUUCCUCAGGUAAUCAAUUUUUUUUUGUACUCAUUCAUCGAACGAAUGUUUACUUUAUGUCUAUUAUGGACCAUUUAAUGGUCCAAGAGCGAGGAAAAUCAUGACAAACAAGCCAGAUAUAGCCUCUGCUCUCAUGGCAGGUUACUCUAGUGAGAGAAACAAACAAAAAAAAAAGGCAAUUCUAAUCCAAAAUCAUACCUAUCUUGUAUUAGCUUCCUAAGGCUGCCAUAACAAAUUACCACAAACCAGGUGGCCUAAAAGAACAGAAAUAUUUUCUCUCACAGUUCUGGAGGCCAGUAAUCCAAAAUCCAGUUGUCAGCAGGGCGAUAUUUUCCCUGAAGUCCCUGGGGGAGGAUUCUUCCUUGCCUCGCCCUGCCUUGUGGUGGUUGCCAGCUAUCCUUGGCAUUCCUUGGCUUGUAGACACAUCACUUCAAUCUCUGCCUCUGUCAUCACUUGGUGAUCUCUCUGUGCGCAUGUCUGUCCAAAUUUCCCUCUUCUUGUGGGAUACUGGAGUCCCUGAGUGGUGCAAAUGAUUAAUAGGCUCAGCUGCUGACCAAAAGUUUGGCGGUUUGCGUACACCCAGAGAAGCCUCAGAAGUAAGACCUGGCAAUCUACUUCCGAAAAAUCAACCAUUGAAAACCCUAUGGAGUACAGUUCUAUUCUGUCACACAUGGAGUCACCAUGAAUCAGAAUCUACUCAAUGGUAACUGAAUGGGGACACCCGUCAUUGAUCCCAUCUGAACUUGAUGACAUCUGCAAAGAUCCUUUUUCCAAAUAACAUUGCAUUAACAUGUACAAAGGGAGGUGUUGUGGAUUGAAUUGCGUGCCCCCAUAACCCACCCCCGCCAAAUAUGUGUUGGAAUCCUGACCAAUAUACCUGUGGAUGUGAGCCUGAUCGGGAAUAGGGUUUUCUUGGUUAUGUCAUCAGUGUACGCUGUGUCCUAAACCUAAUCACUUCUGAGUUACAAAGAGAGCAGAUUAGACACAGAAGCACGCACAAACGGGGGAAGACAGAUGUUAUCUGAAGACGAUGGAGGAAGACGAAUCUAUAUGCCCAGGAACUCUAAGGAUCACCAAGUACUACAAGCUGAAAUAAAGAACUUCUCCUUAUAGUCACACUCUGAAUUCAGACUUCCAGGCUUCUGAACUGUGAGAAAAUACAUUUCAGCUCUUUAAAGCCACCAACCUGUGGUAUUUCUGUUAUAGCAGCACUCUAUCUAAGCACUAGGACAGAUGGGGAGGGGCCGACAGAGCACACGGAUCAUGUCCUUUCUGUUGACUCAGUGUAAGGCCAUCUCAGCCCAACAAGAUGUUCCAAGAUGUCCUCUCAGGAGGUUCCCAGUUCCCUUUGCGCACUUACUCCCUCUCUUUCCAGCUGGAGACUCCUCAAGGGAUUUAUAAGGAAGAGAAGCCUUGGUUAAACCCCUUUCAACAAUAUACUCUUAUACUGUUACCUUUUGUUAUCGUUGUUGGUUGCCAUCCAGUUGAUUCCAACAGAGGUUUUCACCCUUGUCAGACCUGGCCUUUCCCAGGUUAUAACAUACAUUUUAUAAUGCCUUUUUUAUUAUCCUGUGCACUUCCUUAUAGGAUUUACCUCAUUGUGCAUGGUGCUGGGGGUAUAAGAUCAUAUCACCUGAGCCCUUGACAGGUGCAUAAUCAAGGUAAGGAAAAAGAUAUGCAUAUAAAGAAUUACAAAUCAAUAUAUAAAGCUGAAUAAAGGAGAGUUCCAGCAAGAAGUGAAAAAGAGCACUUAAAAAAGGUGCCUGACAAAGGGACAAAUAUUGUAUGAUUCCAUUUAUAUGAAAUAUCUAGAAUAGGUAAGUAUAUAGAGACCA